GAAUCAAGCUUUUUCAUCUCUCUAUCGUUCAGUCUCAGUUUUUUCUACUACCCUCUCUCCAUCCUUCUCUUGCUUUUUCGCCUCCUCCCUCUGAUGAGCUGCCUCGUCAUGCUAUUCAUUUAUAUCUCCAGCUUUCCAAGCAGAAAGGGAUAAGCACAGAUCAGCCUUAACAUCAAAAACCAAUAGAUCAUGCUGUCUACAACGGUCAUGGACAUAUACUCCUGAAAUGAGAUUGCCUUCUAUUUUUCCUGUUUUAUUUCUCUAUAACUCAUCCUAAAGACAUUCACUGGAGUGAUAAAAACAACAGCAUCUCAACCAUCAUUUCUUUGAGAGGAAUUUUGAGAUUGAUUAGCCCAGUGGGAAAAAAGGAAUUUUGUAAUAUUGCUCCCAUUUUUUCGUGCUAAAUUUUCCUUUUCUCCACCUGUCUGCUGGCGAGGGAGCCGGUAGAAGUCUGCCAAAACGCCGCGUGCUGUGCUCCGCGUGAAGAAUGCCCAGGCGCGCCUGCCCAAGCCGUCGGAAACGGCGCCCACGCCCGCCUCGGGACUCUAUAUGGAGCGCUCACAGAGCCGAAUCAGUUUGUCGGCCUCAUUUGAGGCUCUUGCAAUCUACUUCCCCUGCAUGAACUCCUUUGAUGAGGAUGAUGGCGAGACAGAAGGAAGGAGGUUGAAAAGCAUCCAGAGGAGCACUGAGACUGGAUUAGCUGUGGAAAUGCCUAGUCGCACCGUUCGCCAAGCCAGCCAUGAAUCCAUAGAAGAGAGUAUGAACAGUUAUGGUUCCGAGGGAAAUUUAAAUUAUAGUGGCGUAUGUUUGGCUUCAGAUGCCCAGUUCGGUGAUUUUUUGGAUGGCAUGGGUCCAGCACAGUUUGUGGGUAGACAAACAUUGGCAACAACUUCAAUGGGUGAUGUUGAGAUUGGGCUCAUGGAAAGGAAUGGACAGUUGGAGGUUGAGAUCAUUAAGGCUAGAGGACUCAUCAUGAAACCUGGUUCCAAAGGGCCUCCAGCGGCAUACAUAAAAGUGUACCUUCUGGAAAAUGGAGUAUGCAUAGCCAAAAAGAAAACAAAGUCUGUUCGGAAGUCAUUGGAUCCCCUCUACAACCAGGUCCUUGUAUUCUCUGAAAGACCACAGGGCAAAGUUGUUCAGGUCAUUGUCUGGGGAAAUUACGGCCGAAUGGAUCGUAAGUGCUUCAUGGGUGUGGCCCGUAUAUUAUUGGAGGAAUUGGAUUUGACAAGCAUGGUGAUUGGCUGGUACAAGCUUUUCCCCACCUCCUCUAUGGUUGAUCCUACUAUGGCACCACUCAUUCGCCACUCAUCACAGCUCUCACUGGAGAGCACAGUUGGACCAUGCUGUGAACGCUCAUAAGACAAAAAACAAAAAUUUUAUUUUUUUCUGUAAGGGCUCUUAUGGCCCUUGACCUUAGAGUGCUGCUUGUGCAUGACUGUAGCAGACAUCUGGGGCCUACCAGAAUACUUCAAUUUUCAGAAAUUAAUCAUACGAAGAUGUGUUCCAUUUUAAUUGCACCUAAAACAUGACCUAAGGACUGACUCACCAUUUCUGAAUUGGAUUUACUUUACCUGCAUUUCAUCAGAGACCUCUAUGUAUUUUUUCAGAACAUGAGCAUGUGUUUUUUGGGCAGCAUAUGCGUAAUUUGUCUUUGAUUAUUUUUGGUUAUUAAAAUUCUAACUUUUUUGUGUUAAACACAGCAAUACAUCAUUUUGUAUAAUGUCAAAUUGUGUGAAAAAGUGCUAGAAAACGAUUGUUAUUUUGGCUCACUCAUACACUUUUUCCUUUCAUGAGAAAACUCUUGCCAUUGCUCACAAAACAGAGGCUAACUCAUUCAUCAGGCAUAUACAGGAUUUAAAAGGGAGACUUUAAUUGUUGACCAAUAGUUUUAUUUUGACCAUCAAUUCCACAUAUGGAAUGUUUGGUUGCUAUGACUUUUUCACAAGCAAAUAAUAUAGAAACAUUAAUGAUUGUUUUCUUUGUUAAUGUGUAAGAACUAAGAAAUUAGCACCAGAAUACCAGGAAAAGGUGUUCAUGAAACGAAUUAAAAUAAAUAUCUGUCAGUGCUUUAGGUGAUGGUCUAGAUAUGCACUUUAUAUAGAUUUUUUUCAUAACCUUUUGUCAGGUGUGAGUGGGCCGAUCAAUAAUAUUAUUAUUAAUGAUAUUAUAAUUAUUAUUUUAAACCUGUUGAAAAUGCUGAAUUUUCAUUAGCAAUGUUGUAGCAUUAUAUGGUAGCAUAGGCAUAAAAGGCUCUCUGGCUAACCAGAAUAUAAGAUCUAGAGUAAGUGGUUUCAAAAGACAAAUCUCAGUACUAACUGAAUAUGUAGCAGCUGAGUUAUAUAAAUUAAACAUUGAAUAUUAUAUUGCAUUGCACUAUUUAUUUAUUUAUUUAUUUAUUUAUUUAUUUAUUUAUUUAUUUAUUUAUUUAUUUAUUUUUUACAAUGGUAAUUAUUCACAGUGUUAAAAUAGAAUUCUAAAGCUGGACAAGCAAAGAGAAAAUGUUCAAUAUAUAAGAAAUUACUUUCUUAGUAUUACAGUCAUUAUGGGAGUAAUUAAACCAUUACAUUUAAAGUUACAUUAAGAUGCUAGUUCCUUUUUAGGGUAAUAAUAAUUUCAUGUUAAGCAAUAAGAAGUAUAUGUGUAUGUGUCUAUAUAUACAGUACCAGAUAAAAGUUGGACACACCUACUUUCUUAGUGGUUUUGCUUUUUUUUUGUAUGAAUUAAUUCUGUAGACAUCCAAACGACUGUAUGAAAGUACACAUAUGAAACUAUGCAGUACACAAGGUGUUAAACAAAUCAGACUUUGUUUUACAUUUUAGAUUAUCCAAAAUAUUUAUAUUUGGCUUUGAUACCAGCUUGGCAAACUCAUGGCAUUCUCUCAUUAGAUUCACAAGGUAAUCACCUAAAAUGGUUUUCAAUUCACAGGUGUUCCUUGCCAACAGUUAAUUUACACCAUUAGUUAUAUUACAUCUACUGUACAAAUCCAUAUUAUUGCAAGAAACACUCUGUUAAAUAAAAAGACAUUACUUUAAGAAAUUAAGCUCAGUCGAUCUGAAAAGUCUCAAGAACUUUAAAUGUAUCAAAUUAAGUGCAAACGCUAGGCUCUCAUGAAACCAAGAGUACCUCUGCUGAAAAGGAUAGGUUUAUUAGAAUUACCAGCCACAGAAUCCUUAUAUUCAAAUAAAUACUUCUUUAAUUUCAAGUGGAAGACAUAUUUUAACAUACCCUGCAUGAGUCAGAACUUCAUGGUCGAAUUGCGGCAAGGAAACCAUUACUUCAGUUGAACAACAAGCAGAAGAGACUUGCUUGGACUAAGAAACACUAGACCUGCCAUGUUAAAUGUGCACAGCGAGAAUUACUUAAUUUGUAGUUCCCACUGUGAAGCAUGAACCCUCAUGCUUCACAGUGGGAAGCACGAAUUAAGAGGUUUGAUGGUGUGGUGAAGCUUUGCAGGUGACAAUUGUUGGUGAUUUAACCCAAAUUGAUGGCAUACUAAACCAACAUGCAUACUACAGCAUUUUGCAGUGACAUGCUAUUUAAUUUUGCACUUAGUGGGCCAAUAAUUUGUUUUCCAAAAGGACAAUGAGCCCAAAUACACCUCUAGGUUACAUAAGAGCUAUUUAUUCAAGAAGAAGAGUGCUGGAGUGCUGCAUCAGAUGACCUGGCCAUCACAAUCUAAAUUCAGUUAAGAUAGUUUGGGAUGAGUUGGAUCAGAGAGUGAAGGAAAUGCAACCAAAAAGUACUCAACACCUCUGGGAACUCCUCAAGAUUGUUGGAAAACCUUUCCAGGUGACUACCUCAUGAGGCUGACUGAGACAAAGCCAAAAGUGUGCAUAGCUGUAAUCAAAGCAAAAGGUGGCUACUUUCAAGAAUCAAAAAUAUAAAACAUAUUCUGGGAUUUUGUUUACUACAUAAUUCCAUAUAUGUUCUUCCAUUGUUUGGAUGUCUUCAUUACUAAUGUACAAUGUUGAAAAUAACAAAAAACAAAACAAAAAAA